AAUAAGUUGAGAACAGUAUGUGAUCAUUAGACUUAUCACACAAUUGACUGAGAGCUAUCACCAUGGUGGGUUAUACUUAGUGCCGCCAUCGUCUUAACUUUGCCACUCCACACCAAGUCAUUCGAUAACUAGGUAACUAAUUAGAAAGCUGGAACGCCGGUCCGCCGUUGCUGGCGCCGGAACUACUGCCCUGGAUUGAUGACCUUCAAGCCACCAAAUGAAGUUUCGAGCACUCCCACGAAUGAGGAGUGUGUCUCCUUGGGCGCUUGGCCAAACCAAACCUCUUGCGGUGCCCGUUCUAUACAAUGACUCACGAUGACAGGGAUAUACACUGAUGGGCUUAUCUCUACUUACUCAGUUAGUUUGUCAGGAACUACUUACACUAUCUGGAGAAGUUUGGCCAUGAGCCAUAAUGAUGCUGUUCUCUACAGCCAUGAAGGGACGGGACGAUACGAAAAACAUGCUGCUCCUCUACACUUACAUAUAGGAUUGGUGUUGGCUGUCAGCCAGGUCAGCCAUCUACCGAAAAGUCAACCCUCUUUACCUUGUUUUUCUGGCAGUGAUUGAAGGGGCUAUUUUGCUAGAUACCACGCCUCCGAUGUCAACCCCUGAUCUGUCGAUCUUGGAUUCUGAGAGACUGUUUCCAAACAAGGAAGCUAACUCGGAUCGCAUCGAUGCCUUGUCUUUGCUGGAUG